AUGCCCUGCCUCCACUCUGAAGCGCUGGAGUCCAUGGAGCCUGCCAGCGCGAUUCCCGGGGCAUCUCAUGCCGCUGGGACAGAGGAGUCCUUCUGCAGGGAAACGGUCGGUGAGCCCUCGAUGGGGAAAGGCAUGGGUUGGUUCUUCUCCCCGCUGUGGAGCCCCCGCUCCAAGACGCGUAGCAGGAGGUUUGGAGACGGGAUGAAAAGUGAACAAGUGGAAGCUUGGUUGGAUGACCACUCUGACUUUACCAGGGCGUACUUUUUACGCAGAGCUUCAGGGGUCAGUGGUCCACACGCAGAGACGUCUCCACUGCUGCCCAGGCUUCCCAGGAGCUCCUCUGACCAUUCUGAAAUGCUCAAGAAGGCUCGUCGCCAUCGCAGAGCUUCAUCUCCACUGUCCAGCUCCCACCUCAACAUUUCAUCUUUAACAGACAGGCUCAAACCCCUGGCUUCCAAUCUCAGUGCCCCUGAUCGGGUGGAUCAUUUCAGUCCAGAUGUGUUGGGCAGUCACUCGCCGUGCUCUCCUCGUUCCUCUCGUUCUUCCCGCUUCUCCUUUUCUCCCUGUCGCCCUCUUUCUCCCAUUUGCCCUUGCUCUUCUGACGUGCCCCACUCUCCUCGUCCCACUGCUACAAAGACUGCGGCCUGUGGCCAUGGUGAGGGCUGCCCAUGGAUGAUGGAGCUCCUGAGAGGAGGUCUCAGAUGGAUGGGUUCUUUAGCAGAGCUCUGCCAGGGGGCUCUGCUGCACACCGGGCAGCUGCUGGGUGCUGAGGGCGGCUCCCUCUCUCUGGUAAAGAAAGACUCUGGUGGAAAGAACACCUUGGAGGAGGUGAUUGCCCCGACAAUGUUGGGAUGCUUAAACGAAGGCGACAUCUGUAGCCGUGCACACCUGGAGCUGCUGAAGGGUAUCAUGGGAUGUGUAGUGGCUACAGGGUCGCCAAUGAACCUGAGAGACACAUCUGAGGACCCGAGGUUCGACUUAGAUGAGGAUCAGUCAUCAGACUUUAAGAUCAGGACUGUUUUGAGUGUGCCCAUCAAGAACCACAGGGGAGAGGUGGUAGGUGUAGUGGUAAUGAUCAAUAAGAAAGGUUUUGGAGAUGGAUCGGUUUCUGUUUUUACCAACAUGGAUGAAAAGGUGCUGUCCAAUCAUAUGGAUGUGUUGGGGAUGGUCUUGGAAAAUGUCCAGCUGUAUGAGAGCUCGAGACAGGAGGCCAAACGCAGCCAGGCCUUGAUAGAGAUGGCACAGGUAUUGUCAAAGGAGCAUCACUCCUUGGAGGUUCUGCUGAGUAAGAUGGCGGCCACCAUCAUGCCCUUCACACAUGCUCAGUACUGCACCAUCUUCAUCCACAGCAAACAAACCCCAGUCAACUCAGACAAGCUUUCAUUCUCUCGAGUGAUACACCUGGAGUGUGAAGAGCUCGGAUCAACCUGCCAGAUCUACAGAAGGGAGCGUGACAUCAGCGAUAUAGAUCCAUCUUAUGCCCUUCGAACUCUGGUCACUAUGGAAACACUUAAUGUGUCGGAGAGUUCUGAAGGAUCAAUAAAGAGUCUGAUCUGCUGCCCUGUUAGAAACGAGAGGUCUGAAAAUGUCAUCGCUGUGUGCCAGCUGAUGAACAAGUGCAGCAGAGAUUCAGAUGACAUGGAAGCCUUUAACAAAUAUGAUGAGCGCCUGCUGGAAGACUUGGCAGUGUACUGUGGCCUGGCUCUGCAGUAUGUUCAGGCUGUGCAGAUCACUGAGGAGCGAAGGGCCAGUAUAGAGGUCACACAGGAGGUUCUUGCCUACCACAUUACGGCAGCAGAAGAGGAAAUCCAGGCAUUGCAGGAGGUCACCAUUCCCUCUGCUGAAUCACUGCACAUUCUAGACUUCCAUUUCUCUGAUUUUGGCCUGCCAGAAGACCUCGCCACACAGGCCACCAUCCGGAUGUUCCUGGACCUCAAUUUAGUGCAGGAUUUUAACAUUGAUUACAAGAGUCUGUGCCAGUGGGUCCUGACGGUGAGACGUGGCUACAGGAACAAUGUGCCUUAUCACAACUGGAGCCAUGCACUGAGCACUGCACAAAGCAUGUUUGCCAUGCUCAUGGCCACAGACCAGCUCCAGACUAUUUUUUCCCGUCAUGAGAUCUUAGCUUUGAUGAUAGCCACUUUGAAUCAUGACCUUGACCACCGAGGAGUCAGUAACUCAUAUAUAGAAAGGAGUCAACAGCCCUUAGCUCAGCUAUACGGACACUCAUCCCUUGAGAACCACCACUACAAUCUGUGCCUCUUCAUACUAAACAACACUGGGAGUCAGAUUCUCAGCGGUCUCUCUACAGAAGACCACAGAACUGUAUUACACAUGAUCAAAAGGGCAAUCCUCGCCACUGACCUGAGCGUGUACAUGGAGAGACGGAAUGAGUUCUUUUCUCUUGCUAAGAAAAGCAGAGUGAACUGGAAGAGUGAGAAGCAGAGAGAGCUGUUAAGGUCGAUGUUAAUGACAGCUAGCGACCUCUCUGCUAUCACAAAGCCUUGGCCCGAACAAAAAAGGAUUGCCAACCUGGUUGCCAUGGAGUUCUUUGCACAAGGGGACAAAGAGAAAGAGGAGUUCAAAAUCAAACCAAUUGACAUUAUGAACAGAGAAAACAGCACUCGACUGCCAUACAUGCAAGUUGAAUACAUUGAUGACAUCUGCUAUCCACUUUACAAGGCUGUAUCGAGAGUGUUCAACUCCUGCACCCCACUGCUGAAUGGUUGUAAGAGGAACAGAGAAAACUGGCUGCAUCUAGCUGAGGAAGCAGAGGAAGAAAGCAGCGAAAAUAGCAGUAGUGUAACCCUGGAAACACAUAAAAACAAUGAGGAAGAGACACAGGCAGAGGAAUAG